AAAAGUUCUCUCCUUUCCUCUCUUCUUCUCCUCGGCUUCUCCUCAUCAUUCCUCCCAACCGAUCCUCUCUUCUUCUUCUCCUCCUCCUCCUCCUUCGAAGCCAAGCAAAAACCUCUACAAGUCUCCCCACCUCCUCCUUCGAUAAAGCUAUUCGCCUAUCUUCUCUUAUCGCACUUCUCUGAGAUCAGCAGAAGCAGGGCAGCGGCGAUGUCCAACGUCGACGUCGAGAGGGGCGGCAGCGGCGCCGCUGGAGGCAAGGGAGGGGGCGCCACGGGGUACUACCAUGGUGGCGGAAGAGGCGCGGCUGCUGUGUCUCCGUUCUACUACGACAUCGGGUCGUCGGCAGAGCGGGAGUGGACGCCGUGGAUCGUCCCCAUGAUCCUGGUGGCAAACGUGGCGAUGUUCGUGGUGACCAUGUACGUCAACAAUUGCCCCCACCACCCCAACCUUUAUGGUUCGUGCGUCGCUGGCUUUCUCCACCGCUUCUCCUUUCAGCCUCUCCGCGAGAAUCCCCUCUUGGGUCCUUCCUCCUCCACAUUGCAGAAGAUGGGGGGUCUUGAAUGGGAAAAAGUGGUGCAUCAGCAUCAAGGAUGGAGGCUGCUGACAUGUAUCUGGUUGCAUGCCGGUGUUGUACAUCUGCUUGCUAAUAUGCUGAGCCUUCUUUUUAUUGGAAUUCGCCUGGAACAGCAAUUUGGAUUCGUGAGGAUUGGGACAGUAUACCUUCUAUCAGGAUUUGGUGGUAGCAUCCUCUCAUCUCUAUUCAUUAGAAACAGUAUUUCUGUUGGUGCAUCCGGUGCUUUGUUUGGACUUCUUGGAGCGAUGCUGUCAGAACUCAUCACAAACUGGACUAUAUACGCAAACAAGGCUGCGGCUCUGUUAACUCUAUUGGUCAUCAUUGUGAUCAAUUUAGCUGUGGGGAUAUUACCACAUGUUGAUAAUUUUGCCCAUAUCGGAGGAUUUCUAACAGGAUUUCUCCUAGGCUUUGUACUACUGAUCCGGCCUCAGUUUGGUUGGUUGGAACGCCAUAAUUUGCCCCUGGCAAGCCAGGUCAAGUCAAAGUAUAAAGCUUACCAGAAGAUAUUAUGGGUGGUUGCACUGGUUUUGCUGGUAGCUGGAUUUGUUGUUGGCUUGGUAAUGCUUUUCCGUGGGGAGAAUGGAAAUGAUCGUUGCCAUUGGUGUCACUAUCUAAGUUGUGUGCCGACAUCCCGAUGGAAAUGUAGUAAUUGAAAACUGGUUUCAUCAUGCAUAGGCUGUGGAGCAGAUAUUAAGCUUUACUUGGAGGACAGUUUCAUAUUACACUUGAGUGUUACACUACCUUUUAUUCUUCUGUGCAUAGCUAUAAAGCUGGUUGCUUGUUCAGUGGAUCUUAGUGAUCUAUAUCUAGUUUCUUCAAUUAUUUAGAUUUAGGUGCCCUGGUUUUUGCGAUAUCUACCAUUCUUUUAAUAUAUCAAUAUUUUCAUAUACUGUCAGCUUUAAUAAAACCAUAAGAUCUAUGUUGAUGAAAAUUUUGGUUUU